GACGCGCCGCUCGUGUAUCGCGAUCGUUCGACUCCAUUUGCCGCGCACCGUCCUUUCGGCUUCUCCUUUGCUCGCGUCUCCUCGCUUUCGCGCAUUCAUCGACGCGUCGAGCGUUGUACGUGAUCGCGGUACACUCGAACGCGGGAUCUCCAAGUUCCGCGCUCGUCCUUUUCCAUCAUCCUACGCGAAACAGCCAGUCGAAAGUUUGCUUCGAGUGCACAGACAUUAAGGAAAAGUUUCGAUUCGAUAGUGCUAGGUGUUCUCUGUUGUCCGUUGUAUUCUCACACGUAGCGAGAUACUCUUUAUCGUUUCUUCGAAAGUGUUCCUGUAACAGUUACGAGUUUCUUAGGAGGUAUUAUGUGAAGAUGAGAAUCCAGAUGGAAAGGUCGAGGACUUUCGGAACAGAUAUCCGUUACGAAGUACGGCAGCUUGCUUUUCCUUGAACUCGUGCUGCUGAAAAGCGUAACCACCGUCAGCGAACGUUGGCAAUUGUUUGACACGAUGCGCGGAUCAAGGUGAACUUUCGCGGGAAGAAAGCGCGAGUGGACUAAGGUGGUUGCGGAAUUUUGUCGAGAUCUUUCCGGUCGAGGAUCGAGUUUUAUGGUUUUACACGGCACCGAUGCGCUUUUCUGUCCGACGAAACAGUGCUGUGAUACAAGUGGCUUAAACCUUGCCACAAGAGUACUGCAACGUGUUACCGCUACUGCAGUGAAUGACGCGAAAAAGUGUACGUAACUUCGAUCGGCCUCGUGUAAGAUUGCAUCUCGUUGCUUUUUGGAUCUUACACGUUACCAACGACCAAGAUAAUCCAGACAAGUAUGAUGAAUGUCUAAAGUAAGGACGUUGUAAAUUAGUUGUCACCAUGAGAACGCUUCUGAUCAUACUGAGCACUUUCUUGGAAAUACAACUUUAUUUCACUGGGAGCCGGGCGGAGCAGCAACAAUCGUUAAGGGCCAGCAACGAAUUGGUGUCAUUAAACAGCUCCGAGGAUAAAAGCGAAGAUGUCGUCGAAGGUCCCAUCAGGGAAGUUCUUGCACAAAGCGGAAGCACCGCGAAUUUGCCCUGCAAAAUUACCGAACCUGGCGCUGGAACCAUUACAUGGAUGAAGCGUAAAAACAGACGGUUGUUAACCGUUGGCACAAGUACCCACUCAGUCGACAAACGAUUUGUCGUGAUGCAUUCGAGUACUGAUUGGUUACUUCAAAUACGAGCAGUUACUAUCCAGGACGAGGGUAUAUACGAAUGUCAGGUUACGUCGCAUCCAGUGCAACGGAAUUUCGUGCUCUUGAAGAUCACAGAAGCGUACUCGAUCAUACCAGGGGCGCCUGAUUUACACGUGAAGCAAGGUUCCAGUCUGCGGUUGGAGUGUCAACUGAAGGCAGCUGCGGAAUCGCCCCUCUACGUCUUCUGGUAUCGUCAGGGACAUAUGAUCAACUACGACGAGGAGCCAGGCGUGAAAGUUGAAUUGACCAAGAACGGAUCGAUUCUGAUGGUCAACAAAACGAAACCGUCGCACGGCGGUAAUUAUACGUGCUCGCCGAGCAAUGCAAAACCGGCUUACGUGAUGGUUCACGUGAUCGAAGAGGAAGAGAAACCGGCGGCAAUGCACGGAGGAGACAGAAGGAACCUUAGUCCAGCAAUUUUAGCGAGUAACUUUCUGGUGUCCCUCUUGGCGGCCGUCAGCUGGAGGAUACCGAGUUUCACCAGCCUUUACCCGACAUGAAUCACCGUUGAACUUAUGGGAACGACUGGUGUUAGUCGUGGCCGCGCUACCGCAACUCGGUUCAUCUCUCCUAUCGCAAGGACGACUCUGACCAUCGGUCGACCAUUCGGGAUUCGUCUUUUCAACUGUAACUCCAAUCGGCCCCCGCAAGAACGAUAUCCUUGCAUUGGUGUUAAAACCGGAAUGUCAUCGAGUGUAUCGAUUCACGUAUGAACACACGGAACCGCCGUCACUUUCGGACCGACCCUUUUAUCUGUAGCGCGAUUCUUUUCAGAGAUUCGUGUUCCCUUAUCGAGGGGAACCGCGUCCGAUCGUGAGAGCAGCAGAACUGUAGCCACCGAGAAAUCCUUUUGUUUUAUUCCCUUCUGUCUUUUAACCCUCUCGUCCCUUGUCCCCUGUGCUCCGUCUCCUUCCAGCCCGUUCCUUUAUUAUGUACCAAGCAAUUUCUUUGUCUGGAAAAACGCGUGCAUGGUCGGAGUAACGAUUAUUCUGCUGGUCUUGGAAUCGAUGUAGAAAGUAUGUGGUGCAAGAUGUGUCUCACUUUUAACGUUGGGAAAUAGAACGACACGCGACGAAAGGUUCCUCUUUUAUUCUCUUUUCUGUUGCGAGACGGUAGGAACCUGUCGAUUCGAGCAUGAUCUUUUACUUGCUAGUAUCUGUCAUUGUGCGCGAUGAGCGAACCGUUUUCUUCGUACGUGCAUUAUAUAUACAUAUGUAAAUGUACACAUACAUAAAGAAACGCGCAUACAUACACAUUCCUUGUACACGCGGGGUACAUACACAUACAUACGUAUACCUAUACGUAUACACAUACGUAGCAUGUAAGCGACACCGUGGUCUCGAGAUGAACAAGCGCCUUCACGUUUCGUGACGUGGAAACCGUUCUUCUUCCACUCCUUCUUCGAAUCUCAGGAUAGCAUGUGUGUGCGUGUUAGAGAUUUAUUGAGACGGAAUGCGAGGAAAGUGAAAGCCUCCGUUGAGAAUCCGAGGAGAAUCAGGAGUACAGUGGAUCGAUCAGGCUGCGGAUAAACUCGUUAUCGCAAAUUCGUGACAGACAUUCACGCGAUUCCGCGCGUUGCCGCGUGUUCAUGUCGGGAUAAACGGAAUCAAUGUAAAUAUAACGCUCUAAUCAUACAUUCAAUAAAACAUUAAUCGUAAA